UUUUCUUGACGUUUGUCUGGCCAAUGAGAUUUUUCUCGGCCUAGAAGGGCGCAGGGACCUCGAGGUAAAACUGUACGAGCGCUUGAGUCCUGAGGAAGUCAGUCACGGAGUCACCGUGAAAAACAACAUCCGCAAAAUGCCGAAUAAAACGAAAAAAGAAAAGAUGGGUGAUGAUGAACUUGUGCCUUAUGUCGCCUCAUCUCCGAACCCGGAACCAGCUAAAUCUGCAAAAGGCAGCACGAAAAACAGUAAUGUCAGCAGUGGGAAGGAUCCUGGAAGCGAAAAUGCAGACGAGGCACAACAACAGCAGACGGCCAGCAAGCGUCCGAGCAACAGCACCCCUCCGCCCACCCAGCUGAAUAAGAUCAAGUACUCUGGCGGGCCGCAGAUCGUCAAGAAGGAACGCCGCCAGAGCUCCUCACGCUUCAACCUCACGAAGAACCGCGAACUCCAGAAACUACCUGCUCUCAAAGAUGCCCCUCCUGUGGAUCGAGAGGAGUUGUUCGUGCAGAAGCUGCGUCAGUGCUGUGUGCUCUUUGACUUUGUGACUGACCCACUCAGCGACCUCAAGUACAAGGAGGUCAAGCGCGCCGGCCUCAACGAGAUGGUGGAGUACAUCACCCACAACAGAGACGUGGUCACAGAGUGCAUCUACCCAGAGGCCGUCAUCAUGUUUUCAGUGAACCUCUUCCGGACGCUGCCCCCCUCCAACCCCACAGGGGCGGAGUUUGACCCAGAGGAGGGAAGAAGCACUACGCCUUGGAGGUCAGCCUGGCCCCACCUACAGCUGGUGUACGAGUUUUUCCUGAGGUUUUUGGAGUCUCCUGAUUUCCAGCCGAAUGUCGCCAAAAAAUACAUAGACCAAAAGUUUGUAAUGUCGCUGCUGGAUUUGUUUGACAGCGAGGAUCCUCGGGAGCGGGACUUCUUGAAGACCAUCCUCCACCGCAUCUACGGGAAGUUCCUGGGCCUCCGCGCCUAUGUCCGACGCCAGAUCAACAACAUCUUCUACAGGUUUAUCUAUGAGACGGAGCAUCACAACGGCAUCGCAGAACUUUUAGAAAUCUUAGGAAGUAUUAUAAAUGGCUUUGCCCUGCCUCUGAAGGAGGAGCAUAAGAUGUUCCUCAUCCGGGUGCUGCUGCCACUGCACAAAGUCAAGUCUCUGAGCGUCUACCACCCACAGCUGGCGUAUUGUGUGGUGCAGUUCCUGGAGAAGGACAGCAGCCUUACUGAACCGGUGAUCAUGGGCCUGCUGAAGUUCUGGCCAAAGACCCACAGCCCUAAGGAGGUGAUGUUCCUGAACGAGCUGGAGGAGAUCCUGGACGUCAUCGAGCCAUCCGAGUUCGUCAAGGUCAUGGAGCCACUCUUCAGACAGCUGGCCAAGUGUGUGUCCAGCCCCCACUUCCAGGUGGCGGAGAGAGCGCUGUACUACUGGAAUAAUGAGUACAUUAUGAGCCUCAUCAGUGACAACGCUGCCAAGAUCCUCCCCAUCAUGUUCCCCGCACUCUACAAGAACUCCAAGAGCCACUGGAAUAAGACGAUCCACGGCCUCAUCUAUAAUGCCCUCAAGCUGUUCAUGGAGAUGAACCAGAAGCUGUUUGACGACUGCACCCAGCAGUACAAGGCGGAGAAACAGAAAGAAAAGUACAAGCUUAAGGAACGAGAGGAGAUCUGGCACAAGAUCGAGGAUCUAGCAAAACAGAAUCCAAAUAUGCAGUUAGUGUAUCCUGAGCUGAGGCCUGGCCUUCCUGAUGAGUACAUGAUGUAUAAUGAUGCCGGGGUGCCGCUCUACUCCAUGGAAACGGAGACCCCUACUGCUGAGGACAUUCAGCUGCUGAAAAAGGCAGUGGAGACAGAAGCCACGCCGGGCAUGAAGGAGCUGAAGAAGGAUAAGGUGCUGAUGAGGCGGAAGUCGGAGCUCCCUCAGGACGUCUACACCAUCAAAGCCCUGGAAACGCACAAGCGGGCAGAGGAGUACCUGACAGCCAAUCAGGAAGCCCUCUGACCGGCCCUCCAGCCCAUCAGGAGGCCCUCUGACCACCCAUCCAGCCAAUCAGGAGGCUCUCUGACCGCCCCUCCCUCUCCUGAUCCGGCCCAGACUUAGCUACUAUCUGGUGUCUGUCGCUCCCUCUGUCCCUUCCUCUCCCUCUCUCCUUUCAUCUCUCUCCCUCUGUCCUUUCAUCUCUCUCUCCCUCUAUCUGUUCCUUUCAUCUCUCCCCCUCUCCUUUUAUAUCUGUCUGUCUCUCUCUCCCUCUAUUUGUCUCCCCCUCUCUAGCCAGGGCAUCACUGAGAACAGCUGCCAGACCACUCUCUAAACACACACACACACACACACACACACACACACACACA